AUGCCUCUUGGCUGGGUAGUGAUAGGUAACAUGUGCUUAGAUGGAAUACAUGCUCCAAAUGACGUCAAUGCCUACUUGACUCGCAUUGCACCAGAUGGUCGUGCGUCGAUUCGUCAACCUUGCCCUUACAAUUAUGAUGUAAAUGAGUGUUUUUCUUGCGGUAGUAUUAACCUUGGAGUUCAUCACAAUAAAAAUGGCAAUAUCACAAGUGCAAUAUUCGAACGCACUACACAAGAUGACAAACCUGGAUUAUCUAUAGAAGAUAGACAAUUUCUAGAAAUAAUGCAAGCUAAUCUCCAGAAGGACAGUAAUGGUAAUUGGUGUUCACCUUUGCCUUUUCGCACUCCGAGACGACGUCUUCCGAAUAACAGAGCAAUGGUUUUGCAUCGUGCUAAGUCACUGGAGAAAUGUUUUGAUCGUGAUCCAGUAAAACAAGAACACAUAUUUGCAUUCAUGCAGAAACUUUUUGAGUGUAAACAUGCUGAGUUGGCUCCUCCUCUGAAAAGUAAUGAAGAGUGCUGGUACUUACCUGUUUUUGGCAUCUACCACCCAAAGAAACCGGAUAAAGUAAGAUGUGUAUUCGACUCAUCGGCAAGUUAUGAUAACGUUUCUUUAAAUAGUGUAAUGCUCCGUGGACCUGAUAUGACUAAUAACUUAGUUGGUGUUCUUAUGCGCUUUAGGAAGGAACUGAUUGGUAUAAUGGCGGACAUUCAACAAAUGUUCUACUCAUUCACUGUAAACGAGGAACACAGAAACUUCUUGCGAUUCCUGUGGUUUCGAGAUAACGAUAUAGAUAAUGAACUUACUGACUAUUGUAUGAGAGAGCAUGCAUUCGAGAACAGUCCCUCUCCGGCAAUUGCGACGUUUCCACUUCAGAAAACUGCUGAGAUUGCAGAGCAAACCUUUGGAAAGGAUGUUACGGAUUUAGUAUGUAGAAAUUUCUAUGUAGAUGACGCGCUCACGUCUGUCGGCAGUAACAGUGAAGCAAUUGAUCUGUUGAAUAGAACUAAAGAAGCUCUUAAGACUUUUGGAAACUUGCAUUUGCACAAGUUCUCUUCAAACAGCAAAGAAGUGAGGACGAAACUAGAUCCUCAAGAUCUAGCCGAAAACUUAGAGAAUUUGAAUUUUGAAACUGACAAUUUACCGUUACAAAGAAGUCUCGGACUAUACUGGAACUUAGAAUCCGACACAUUUACGUUCAAGGUUUUGAACGAUGAAAGGGCAUUUACUAGAAGAGGCGUCCUCUCAACAAUCAAUAGUAUUUUUGACCCGCUAGGAUUUGUUUCACCAGUGACAAUACAAGGUAAAAUCAUACUCCGUAAACUCAUGAUUGAGUCAGUAAACUGGGAUGAUCCGUUAACUGAAGAUUUCAGACAAGAAUGGGAACAAUGGCGAACUUCUUUGACAAGCCUUGAAAAUGUAAUGAUCCGUAGAAUGUAUACGCCAAUAUAUGUUCGAGAUGCUUCAAAGAUCGAACUUCACACCUUUUGUGAUGCCUCUGAGAAGGCAAUUGCGGCAGUGUCCUACUUGAAAGUAUUUCAUCAUGAUGGCUCUUCUCAUCUGGGCUUUGUGUUAGGCAAAACGAAGUUGGCACCGAUAAGCGGUUAUACUAUACCAAGACUGAUGUUAUGCGCUGCUGUUUUGGCUAUUGAAAUAUCUGAUUUCAUUAUUGACAAUUUGGACCGGAAGAUUGACACAAUCCAGUUCUACAGCGACAGUAGAAUCGUUCUAGGGUAUGUCACCAAUUAA